AUGAUCAUCUCCAAACACAUCCUAUCCUUCUUCACGUGGGCAGUCCUCUGCUCGGCAACGACAAAAUUGUUGAGUCGAGACAAUGAACAUGGUCCCUUUGAGGGACAUUGGGUAGAUGCCUGGGCUGCUAUGCCACAGCUCACGGAGCCCGCUAAUCUUCCUCCGCCUCCAUUCAAUUCCACGGACCUCGUGUUCUUCAACACUACAAUUAGACAGACUCUCCGCAUAGUAGCAAAUGAAUCAAACUACCAGAUGCGCAUCCGGCUGUCGAACGCCUUCGGACUCGUGGAGCUGCCCAUCACGUCUCUAACCAUAGCCAUUCCAACCGAAUCUGACAAUCGCAAUCUCACUGGAUCUAGUUCUAUCGAUAUCACAUCUCUUCAACACGUUACAUUCUCAGGAAACAAGAGUAUCGUGGUCCCUCCUGGCGCAAUCGUAGUCUCGGAUCCACUUGCUGUCGAGGCUUGUCAGAUCGUCUCCCUCUCCCUAUAUCUGGCUUCAGGCCAACAGAGUCAGGCUAUAACGUCUCAUCCGGGGUCUCGGACCACCUCAUGGAUGAGCAGAGGCGACCAUACGCUCGCUGAGAACCUGACGGACGCCAGCACCACGAGCGUCGCGCAUUGGUACUACAUCUCUGCAAUCGAGGCCUGGCAACCACCCUCUCACUCAGCUUUCGUGCUCGUAGGAGACAGCAUCACAGACGGGAGAGGAAGCGACACUAAUGGCAACAAUCGCUGGCCGGAUCUCCUUCUUGAUCGAAUGGCUGUCUCUUCCCCUGGUAUCAGUGUCAUCAACCAAGCCGCAGGCGGAAAUCGUGUGCUAGCCGAUGGCUUGGGACCGAGCGCCCUCUCUCGAAUUGAACGUGAUGUCUUAUCGCACUCUGGAGUGCGGUAUGUUCUUCUGUUUGAAGGAGUCAACGAUAUAGGCACAGGAGACAUUUCGCCAUCAGCACAAGGACAGAUUGGUGAUAGGUUGAUACAGGCCUACCGACAAAUUAUCACGCGCGUCCACGCUAUGCAACUUCCGAUAUUCGGAGCGACGAUUACUCCUUUUGGUUGUGAUAACACGACAAUUCAGCCGUAUUCUGAUCCGGAAAGAGAGAAGACUAGGCAGAGGAUGAACGAGUGGAUACGUGAAAGCGAAGGAAGGCCAGGYGGCUUUGACAAGGUGGUAGACUUCGACAAGGUGCUGAGAGGACAGAAUGUCUCCAAGUUGGAUAGCAGGUAUGAUGGGGGUGACUGUCUGCACCCGAAUGUUGCAGGCUACACGGCAUUGGCGGAGGCUUUUCCCUUGGGGAUUUUCGAGGAGUAUCGAGAAGGCGUGAACGGAUAUGUCUAG